UUUUGCGUGGUGACGUCCUUCUUCUUCCUUUCCUCUGCUACCGGCGAGAAUGAAGACCAUUCUCAGCAGUCAAACUGUCGACCUCCCCGACAAUGUCGAGGUGAGGUUAAAGGGGCGAACUGUGAUCGUGAAAGGGCCCCGUGGCAAGCUCACCAGGGAGUUCAACCACAUCAACCUGGAGCUCAGCCUGCUGGGCAACAAACAGAAGAAGCUUCGUGUGGACAAAUGGUGGGGAAACAGGAAGGAGCUGGCCACAGUCCGCACCAUCUGCAGCCACGUCCAGAACAUGAUCAAGGGCGUCACUCUGGGUUUCCGGUAUAAAAUGCGCUCCGUGUACGCUCAUUUCCCCAUCAACGUGGUGAUUCAGGAGACUGGAACUCUGGUGGAGAUCAGGAACUUCCUGGGAGAGAAGUACAUCCGUCGUGUCAGAAUGAGAUCCGGUGUGAUGUGUUCAGUCUCUGCUGCCCAGAAAGACGAGCUGGUCCUGGAGGGCAACGACAUCGAGCUGGUGUCGAACUCAGCGGCAUUGAUCCAACAGGCCACCACCGUCAGGAAGAAGGACAUCAGGAAGUUCCUGGAUGGCAUCUACGUCAGUGAGAAGACCACUGUGGUGGAGCCAGAAGUUGAAUAAAAUGUUCACCUAUCCUGUUUUGACCAAUAAAGCAACCAUCUUUUUCCAAGUCACCAGCUCUGUUUUUAUUGGGUGGUUUUUGUAAGAGGCUGAUGCGCUGUGGACUGGUCAUGCACGUUUUAACAGCGUACAAAUGAAAAAUCUAAAUUUGGAAUCUUUGUGCAUUAGCUAAUACAGUGUGACACGUGGCUUGGACAAAACGGCUGAUCAUUGGUCAUGUUGGGAAUAGAGUUCCUCAACAUUCCAAUAAAGUAACAGAACACUUUUGUCUGAACCUUGAGGCCUUAAUCAGACAGCAUUCAGUAAAAUGUGAACAAUCACCCGGCUGUGAUGAUACUGAGGGCAAAAAGAGCAGAAUAUUCAAACAAACUGGAAAUGUGUGACACUAGGAUAGAGCUGUUGAGAGAAAAUGUUUCUUGCUUUUUUCUUUUUUUUUUGUUUUGGUUCAGGAUUAAGGUGUCUUUAAGUUUCUAAAAUCUCCCAGAAAACAAUUUCAACAUCUUAUGCAAUAUAUAAAUCAAAAGGAUGUUUUGUGAUGCAGAGGUACAUUUUUAGGAUGCUAAUUAAUCUUAUAGAGUUUAACUGGAAUUCCUUAGAAAAGAAAAGUGACAUGGCCAGCAAAUAGAGGUUUUAAAGCCAUUAUAAACACUUCUUAAAUAGAUUAAAAGUGAAGAGUGCAGAUAAAAAGUCAGAAGUGGUGAUUCCUUUAUUUUUGCCAGUUAUAUCAAAAUUGGGUUGAAUUUAAGAAACCCAUACUGUACCUGAAGAAUUUAUAUCACAUUUAUUUGGGAUGAAUAACCUUGUGAAUGUAUGUGUAAAAGAGGCAGUUAUUAAAAAUCGCAUUUGUAAAAGGCCUUAUCUUAUACCUAAGACUUGAUUUCUAUUUUAUUGAUUUUUACAGUCUUCUGGUUAAUUUA